CGCAUAGAUGGCUGUGGGACACGGCACACUUAAACGCAAAGACUACUGCAGUGCUUUUAUUAUUAUGAAACAAGACAGGAUACUCUUACAUACUUAAUGCUAGUUUACACAAAAUGUAGAAAAGUGCUCUUUUACUGGAAAUAUUGCUUUCUCUUCACCUGAAAAAAGAGUGUUUUAAACGUUUAGAUACAAUGGAGAAAACGUUGUCUGAUGACUGUCGAAAUCUAACAUAUGGGCCAGAUAGGGGGCAUAUUUUUGGGAUGCCCUGGUUAGACUCCUGUCUUGAGGAGACACUGCUGCCUGAAAAACCAUGGCACAGGGUUUAUAAUACGCUGGGAGCAGCUCUUGCCAAAGAGGUGGAAACACAACUGAAGCACCCUCAACAAAGUCAAUUCAUCUUCACCCUCCUUGGAGAACACUUUGUAGAGAAGCACUUCAGUGAUUUCCCCAAUCAGCCCAGCAUUCUAUGUCCGCCAAGCAUGAGUGAGAGUGAGCGAGAUUCUUUGAGAAAAAACACCCUCGCCAUGCUGGAGGAGCUUUGUGAGAAAUCUGCGCAGAUCAGCCACUGCCAAAGGAGACCAGAUGGUGACCUCACUGGUUUAUCCCAGGAGAUGACCAAUUUUAUCAAUGACACCUACAGCUUGGUAGUUACUGAGAUGGAACAGUUACUGGCCAGACAGGAGGCAAAGAAAAACGAUGGCGAGGGGUUGAGCUCAGAUACAUGGCAAUCUGCCUUUGCAUUAAUGGCAAGAAGAAGACGUACAAAAUCUGUGGAGAGCAAAGACCUGCAUUUGACAACCCGCCGAGGAUCUGCUUUUCAGAUACAACCUGAAGAUGAAGGUAUCCCGCUUCCUGGCUUACAGCCGCCUCCCCUGAGCUCCCCUGGAAGUGAAGUGCUGGGAAGAUCGGUGUCUGCCAUCCUCACUUCCGAUCCCCAGCGAAUGGCAACAGUGUGUGAGAGGCUGAAAGGGAGACCACUGCCAACUACCCUCAGAAACUCUGUAUGGAUUGAUAAACUGCUAAACACAGACAAAGUGUUUCAUAAAGCAAUUUCUUUACAAAAUCUUGAGAAAACCGCCAGAGAGAAGUUUGGCCGAGCAGUGGGGCACAGAGUGGCUGAACUGAAACUCAGAAGUGCCACUCGAUCCCCUGUCUCGGGCUUGAUUGAAAACGCUGUGGUGGAGAAAUAUGAAAGGACACCCUGUAUGCAAACUUUUGCUACCAAUGAGCAGAUGAUCACAGAAACAAGCAAAGCGUUGAACAUUCUCUAUGUGCACAAUGGGACUUAUGAGCCUUAUCUCAUCCACUGGCUCUUUCCUUUGCAAAUUGCGUUUAAGCAAGCAGAUACUAAGGCUGAACACUGCUACGAACUGGCCAUGUACCUGCAUUUUCUCAUCCAGAAGUUCCCAUCCUGGCCGGAGAUCUUUACCCUGGCAGAACGUGUCAUGAGACACGUCGAAGAAGAGGACACAGACUUUUAUGCUCAUCUUCAGCUCUGCUCUUCCAGGAAUGCUGUCUUUGAUCCCAAGGAUUUUUUGGCUGAACUGAUCGCUAGAGAGAGGCAGCAGGCCCGGGAGCUGUUGGAUGUUGCAGACAGAACUGAUAGGCACCAAGCUAUCAGCAAAGAGCUGCUUGCAAACCCCAUCAUCUUCCUUCGGAAGUGGAUGGGAGAGGGAUUCAUGAGCGUUCUAGACCUGCCUGCAGUGUUGCUGAUAUGGGACCAGCUUUUCAUGCAUGACUGGAGUCGGAAAGUGAUGGAAGAUUUCUGCCUUGCAGUCUUGAUGCUGCUUAAGGACCCGCUGAUGGCAGCUGAUAGCUAUCAGUCUAUGAGACAGGUCUUUCUUGGUCACGCCAGCCAUCUGUUCACCGCUGAUAUUCAGAAGGGCUGGAUUCACCUGCAGCAAGGGGGGCUCGCAGCGGAUAUCCCAGCGUUUAAUAGAUUACAUUUAAGAUUGCUCUAUGGACCAUUCCCAAAACAAGGGACAAGAAAAGAUGUAGGUCAAGUUAAUCUGGGAUAUAUCCUUCCUAUCGGGUUGAAGGAUGUGGUUGUGAAGUUGAUUUUACAACAUCCCAAGUCUGAUGCCGCACAUAACGCCUGGCUGAAGCAGUUUGAUCCUCUUGCUGUUAAAUUAACAGUGUCAGUGUUUUACGGGAAUGCAAAGCUUCGCUCCAAGUCCAGCCUUCUCAAGCCAUCUGUUGAGAAAAGGGCACCUGGAAAGGAAGCAGAUGAGUUCAAACUGCAAUACAAUGAUACGUUUGUGUUUGACUCCCUGGACCCGUCUGAAUUCAGGGAGGUGGAUCCAUCAGAGGACAAGCCUGUCCUGGUCAUGAAGUUGCUCUACAGCGCAGCAGGCUUCACUCCAGUAACACUUGGCUGGGUAAAAGUGGACAUAUUUCAGGAAGAAAAGACAGCCGCUCGCACGCUGUGGGCUCCUAAUGAGAUCUCAACAUACAUCCAAAUGCAGGCUGGCAGAGUUCCUGAGUACAUAACAGAUCAAAUUCCAGUACCCAGCACAACAGAGCCUGUGCAACAAGGGUCUGGCAUCAGAGUCACCGUUUAUGAUCCUGCAAAAAAACUUCACAGACAGAGAGACAGUCCGGUACAAGAGGAAAGAGUUGUUCCUCAGGAGGAAUCUCGUUUCCUUUACCCCCCGUGGGUUCCUCACAGCCCCACAGCGGCCGUUCCACAGCAGGCAUCAGUCAGCCAGCCCGUGGACCUGUACAUUGAUGCAGUGCACUACAUUCCUGAUAAUGCAACUAUAAUAAAGGUGACUGGGAGAAUCAUGCGAUCAGGGUUAGAGGAUCUGCCUGACAUCUUGGCUCUUCCAGAACUCAAGACGUCAGCAAGAAACCCAGAAUUCCGCUAUCGCAUGACAGUAAAAGCAGACAACCAAAAACCACUGGACCCACAUAUGAUGCUUUUGCUCCGGGUCUAUACUAUUGAUGCAGACUCUGGAGAGCUAUGUGUUAUAGGGAAUUGCAUUGCUCGUGUAUUUAACGAUCAUGGCCAAUUAAACGCUGGGGGGUUUCAACUCAGAUUACGAGGAGGGAUGCCAUCAAAGGACCCAGUCUCCCUCACAGAAUCAUCACUCAAUCACCACCCUGUAAUUCCCUGCUGCACUGUCCUAAUCCGAAUACUUCCUCACGUGUCUGAGCCAGCCCCCACUCCCAGCUACCUUAGUGGAUUUUACUUCACUGACGAAGCAAAACCCAGUAAAUCAGAGCUGGAAAUAAUCUCCACCUUCCAGAGGGAUAGGAACUUCCCAACAACUGAGGAAGAUAUGGUCCAGCUGCUGACAGGGAAAGAGCAAGCUAACAUUCCACCCGAUCAGUGGCUUGCCUGGGUUAAGGAGAGACUGGAUGCCAGAAAGCAGCUCCCACCGCAACACCCCCCCGCACACCUCAGCAUACACCAUAUGGUGCGCUUUUACCAGCAAGCUGGCAUUCGCGUACAAAUCGCGCAGGCAUUCGGGCUUCCUGAGGGCCUGUAUGUGAAUGCCUUUGCCAGAGUUCUGAAAGGAGCUGCUAGUUUACACCUUCCUGAACUUCCAGAACGCUGGGGUGGGGAGGAGAAGUUUCUAACUCGCCAGCGCGAUCUCACAAGUCUUCAGAAGUCUCCUUGUUGGACUGAUCCAUCUACGGUUUUACAUCCUUACAUUGACCCACACUCAGUACUGCUCGUCCAGCUGUUUAGUCUGAAAGCUGUUUAUACCCCAGAUCCAAGCGGCCAGCGGCAGGGAAGCGUUACCUCCCACUCUGGAGGGCAACCAGACCUUGAUGCCUUGUCUCAACUAGGAUGGGCUGCUCUUCCACUGUUCCAGGGGUAG